AUGGGUUCAUUCCCACCAACACCGACAAGUACUCAACGAGACGUCGCCAGACCGAACGUUCAGACUUAUGACAACACUGAAGAUUGGCACGCUUUUCCUUCGCCGCCGCCGUCACCUCUCUUUGAUCGAGAACUACCAGUCGUGCCCACCAACGGCUCGGGUAUGAUCACCAGCGAUUCAAGCAUUGGGAACGACAAAUCGGCUCCGGCUCCGGAAACGGCAAAGAAGAACAUACGAAGCCAGCGUCGAAAAGUCACAUAUGUCUCGCGGCAUUUCACUACCGACGGAUCCAGCGUGGAUUCAUCACGGACAGAGCGACAACUCAACCAUGCUCUCAAAAAGGUCAGCACUGCCAUCGACGACAUCCGCAAGAUCGUGCGAGUCGAGACAUGCACACUCGCAUCAUCUCCAGGCUCACUGGCCAGUCACACUGGAUCGCGAAUAUACUAUGGCGUCAACAUCGACGAGCUCUCGUCUGACUCGGACCUCACCGACGUGCCCGACGACAUAGGACCUGAUCCCUUCAUCUCGACCACCAACGAGAACUCGACAUCCGAGGUGCUAUCGAAACCGACGAAACCUCCUCGUCGGCCUACAAAGUCACCAUACUUCCCUCACCCGCACAAACACAGACCUACGUUCCUAUCGACCUUGCCCUUCCCGCCUCUUUCGCACGCCACUUUUGGCCUGAUGCAAGAGAGACUUGCGCACGACCCGUUCCGUCUUCUCAUCGCAACCAUCUUCCUCAACAAAACUCCGGGAGAGCGCGCCAUGCCGGUCUUCUACGAGCUCAUGUCGCGGUACCCGACGCCGUUGGCUCUCUCCAAUGCAGAAGUAAGCGACAUCACCUCGCUCAUCUAUGUUCUCGGGUUCCAGAACCAACGGGCGCGGAAAUGCGUCGCCAUGGCCCGAGCCUGGGUCGACCGACCUCCCGAGCGCGGGAAGCGCUACCGAAAACUCCACUACCCUGCCAGGGGGGAUGGGAAGGAUGUAGGCGUCGACGAGGCGAUCGGCGACGAAGACGCGCGCGUCGCGUGGGAGAUCUCCCAUCUCCCAGGCCUGGGUCCGUAUUCUCACGACAGCUGGCGAAUGUUUUGUCGAGACCAGCUCCGCGGGCUGAGUACAGGUUGGAACGGCGAAGGCAGCGUCAAUAAGGACCAUGCACAUGCAGACUCCCAAGAAGAACCGCAUUCUUUCGAACCGGAAUGGAAGCGCGUCGUGCCGUUGGAUAAAGAGUUGCGCGCGUGGCUUACUUGGAUGUGGAUGAAGGAAGGAUGGGUGUGGAACAAAGAGACGGGCCAACGCCAGAGAGCGAGUGACGACUUGAUGGCAAUCGCGAACGGAGGUGGUAUUGUCGUCGAAGAAAAGGACUCGGACCAUCUCAUCGUCAAGAGCGUUGGAGAGGAACACGUCACGGAUCUUCAGGGACUGAAAAAGGUUGAACGGACCGUUGGUGACUUUUUGCCCGGAAUUUAG